AUGGCGGAACACCCCAGGCGUAUCUCCGAGAUUACUCCACGCAACUCAGAUAUAUCACCGCUUCUACAUCUCCCUGGAGAAAUCAGGAAUGAGAUCUAUCAAUACGUUCUUAACGAAGGCGUCUACGACUUCAUGGAUGGUAUUGUUUCGCCCACUUACGAAUGUGACGAGCGAUUUGCUCUCCUCCGAGUCUGCCGCGAGAUUUACAACGAAACAAGGCUACUUCCAUUCUCUCUUAACACAUUCCACUUCGGCAGUUUCAAAGUCUUCCACAAGUUCAUCAUUAAAUUUACUACGACAAAGCAACGUCAAGCCAUUCGUGCACUAGACCUAGAAAUCUGGACUCAAUGCUGCAUCGACCACAUUGAAGACUUUGAUAUCCGUCAGAUGUACUCGUUAUCCGACGUACUUCCGGGACUGCAAUCUGUCGAUGUACUUAGAUACAGUGUGAACUGUUACCCUAAGGCCACGCGUGGUGAACGACAGAAAAUUGACCAGUGGCUGCGAUGCGGUCUGGACGAGCGCGUGGACAUGAAUAUCUCAUAG